GUGCCCAGUCUUACGAUCUGAUGAACGAUGCCAUGUCCAUGGGCAUACAUCGUGUGUGGAAGGAUAUUUUCGUUGAGCGCCUGGGACCAGAGCAUGGUAUGCGUUUGCUGGACAUGGCCGGUGGCACAGGCGACAUCAGCUUUCGUUACCUGAAAUAUUUGGCCAAUAAGCCAAAUCCCAAGCAACGGGAAAGUCAUGUACGUCCCGAUAUCAAUCAGCAUAUGUUGAAUGUGGGCGAAGAGCGUGCCCGUCAGCUGGGACUGACCGUUAAGCAGCUGCCCAAUGCCAGCAUUGAUUGGCAGUGUGCCGAGGCCGAGAAGUUGCCCAUUCAAGAGGAUACCUAUCACUGCCUACACAAUGCCUUUGGCAUACGCAACUGCACGCACGUGGACAAGGUGCUCAGCGAGGCUUAUCGUGUGCUGCAGCCUGGCGGACGUUUCAUGUGCCUGGAAUUUAGCCACUUGACCAAUGAGACAAUGCAAUGGCUAUACGAUCAAUACUCUUUCCAAGUGAUACCGCCCAUGGGUCAACUGUUGGCUGGGCAAUGGCACGCGUAUCAAUACCUAGUGGAGAGCAUAAGACGCUUUCCACGCCAGGAUCAAUUCAAGAGCAUGAUCGAACAGGCUGGCUUCUCGCAUGUAUCCUACGAGAAUCUAACCUUCGGUGUCGUUAGCAUACACUCGGGCUUUAAGCUAUAGAAAACUGUUGCGGAAUCGCGGAACGUUCAGGCAUGCCAAACACGUUUUCCACGCGUUUAUUUUAUGAUUUCCUUAAAUAAUAAUACAAAAAUUGUAUAAACCUUGUUAACAUAUUAAAAGUACAAAUUUAUUGUACGCUCGUCCAGCUUGGGAAAGACCUUGACUAGGUUUUUCCA